GCAUAUCUCAGGUCUCCACGUAAGUGUCGUGACGUCAUCAACAGUACAGUAUUGCCAAACGUGAGUUUUCAACAUGGAACAUGAGGUGGAGCUGAUAGCUGGAAGUUAUGAACAAAUUGUUUUUGGAUAUAAGGUGGACAUAGGUGAAAAGGAAUGGUCACUGAAGGCUGACUUCACGCAUCACUCACACACAGCAUCCUUGUCUGCUCUCGCCGUCAGCGACAGAUUCGUGGCAACGGGCAGCAAAGACGAAACCAUCCAGUUGUACGACUUGAAAAAGCGUGUCGAACACGGCGUAUUGCUUCAUCACGACGGUACAAUUUCAUGUCUGGAGUUCUAUGGCGCUUCUCACUUGCUGAGUGGAGGAGAGGAUGGGCUUCUGUGUGUCUGGAGUACCAAGAAGUGGGAGUGCCUGAAAACCAUUAAAGCUCACAAGGGUCAUGUCACAUCUCUGUCUGUGCAUCCGUCAGGAAAACUCGCCCUGUCUGUGGGAACGGAUAAGACCCUCAGGACAUGGAAUCUUAUAGAUGGCCGAUCAGCAUUCAUCAAAAACAUAAAGCAAAAUGCACAUAUAGUCAUGUGGUCCCCUGCUGGAGAUAAGUACAUUGUGGUUGUGAAUGGUAAAAUAGAUAUUUACAGCGUAGAGACUGCAUCAGUGACUGCAACCAUAACAAACCCAAAGAGAAUCUCCUCUGUGAAGUUCCUGAAUGAUGUCAUUCUGGCAGUUGGAGGCGAUGAGGAGACUGUGAGGCUGUAUGACAUCGGCACUAAGAAGAGCAUCUGCGAGUUCAAGGCCCAUGAGAACAGAGUGAAAGCACUGGACAGUUUCACAGUGGAGGAUUACUGUGUCCUUGUGUCAGCCUCAAAUGAUGGAUUCAUCAAAAUUUGGAAACUUCAUCUUGAUCAGGUGCUGGAGCCACCAGCCCUCCUGGGGGAGGUGAACAGCACAGCGAGGUUAACCUGCCUGGCGGUGUGGCGGCCAGGCCCGCUGCAAGAGUCCACAGGAGAAGGGAAAGUGCAGGCCUCAACCUCCCAAGCCACGGAAUGUGAACUAGAGCCCACAAAAACAAAGAGGAUCAGGAUUUCUACAGAGGAAGUGGUAAUUGAAGACGACAGCUGCACCAAGAAGACAAAAAUGGAAAAUAUCAAAAAGAAAAAGCAAAAAACAAAAUAAAGCUGUGCCUGUUUUUAAAUAUUUUGGUUCUUAUUUUGGCUUUGAAAAGUUUUCAGUUCUGAGAAAAUGGAUCCGCUGUUGAAAAUUACAGCUUCAAACUGAAGCUGGCCAGAGCUGGUAUCUUAAUGGUUAAGCUGGUAAGACGAUUACUAACUGCUGUGAGUUCAAGCUUGUGGAUUUCCUUUUUAUGUAGCAGUAGGAAAAAUGUUCACCAGUCUUGACCAUCCUGAAUAGAAAUUGUUAGUUUUCUGCAGUCUUCUGAAAAAAUGUAUAACACUGCCUAUUAUGUCUUACUAAAUGUUUGUCAAUCAUCAACACAACAUAAUAAAAUUAGGAUUUAAUAAUGGUUCUGAUAAAAGUCUGAAUUAAAACAGGUUAUUACAAUUUUGUAUAA